GAAGAACAGUGCGAGUCGCUGCCGCCGCGGCGGAGGGUCCCUCCUUCCGCCCGUUCCGGAGGGAGGCCGGGACCGGGCCGGGGCCUGGCCUGCGGCGGCGCCAUGACGGAGCCCAGGGAAGCGGGCGCCGAGGCACCCCCGGGGGCCAGCGGGCUGAGCGUCCUCCCGGGAGAGGCGGCCGAGGAGCCGGCGCCGCAGGGAUCCGUGUUGCUUCUGGGAGGCAAUGAAGUGAAGAGUAGGGCGGUGGUGAAGUACUCCUCUGCCCCUCCCCGUGCCGCCUUUGCUCGCCUAGAGGAGAAAACGGACUUAAAGCUGCCACCUGCCAACUGGCUGCGGGAAAGUGCCAAACUUGGCCCAGCGGGAACCACCAUUCUGGGCAACAGCAAGAGGAGCAAGCCCUUUUCAAGCUUUGGGAUGGCGUAUGACUUCAUUGACUCUGUUGGAAAUGACGUGGACGUUGUAUCUGAUUCAGAAAACAUCAAGAAGCUCCUCAAGAUCCCCUACAGCAAGUCCCACGUCAGCAUGGCAGUCCAUCGAAUUGGGAGGACUCUUCUUCUGGACGAACUUGAUAUUCAGGAACUCUUCAUGAGGUCAUCCCAGACAGGAGACUGGACAUGGCUCAAGGAGUUCUACCAACGACUCAUUGAUCAGAAGUGGCAGCGGAAGAAGAAGAGCAAAGAACAUUGGUACCAGAAGGCGAUUCUCUCCAAGUUCUUAUAUUACAGCAUUAAUGGCGAUGGUGCUGCUCAGCCUGUGCCAUCUGCGACAGAGCCUAGAGCCCCCCCCAGCCCGGACCAGACACAUGAGGACACAGAAGGGGCUUCCUGGCCCGCCCCUUUUGAGAUGCCCUCUUCUGUUUCUGAUGAUCCAAGUGCAUCUAAUCAGGGCAGUGAGCCUCUUGAACCCUCAUACAUAGUGGGCCAUGUGGCCUCAGCAGCCCCAAAAGAACAAAACCUGACUACUCUGUUCAAUGACGGUGAGAACAGUCAGGGUCUUAAGAAUGACUUUGUUCGGAAUAUCCUGUGGACCUUUGAAGACAUACACAUGUUGGUGGGCUCAAACAUGCCCAUAUUUGGGGGAGGACGAUAUCCUGCCGUUAGCUUACGCCUCAGGGAUAACAACAAGCCAAUCAAUGUACUCACUGGAAUUGAUUAUUGGUUGGACAACUUGAUCUGCAACGUACCUGAGCUGGUGAUGUGUUUUCAUGUCAAUGGGAUUGUACAGAAAUAUGAAAUGAUCAAGACAGAAGAGAUUCCCAAUUUGGAGAACUCCAAUUUUUCUACUAAAGUGAUAAAAGAUAUUGCACAGAAUAUUUUAUCAUUCUUAAAAUCCAAUUGCACCAAAGAAGGGCACACCUACUGGCUGUUUAAAGCCAGUGGCAGUGACAUCGUCAAGCUCUACGACCUUACCACCCUUUGUGAAGAAACUGAGGACAAAUACCAGAACCCCUUCACGGUGCCUGUGGCCAUUCUCCUGUACAAGGUUGCUUGCAACAUGAUGAUGAAGAAAAAUCAAAAUAAGAAGCACUAUGGGACGAUCAGAACGUUGCUUCUUAAUUGUCUGAAAUUACUGGACAAGGGAAGACACCCUCAAAUUAUUGCUUCGGCCAAUUACAUGCUUUCAGAGCUCUUUCAAUUGGAUGAGCCCAAGAAGGAAGAAAGCACAGAGUCUCCUUUAAAUGAGAACUCUGAUGAAAGUUACAGUGAGGAAGAGGAGGAGAUGCCGGACAGUGAUGAGAAUGGGUCCUGCAGCGCGAGCUCCGAUCCCCCCGACGACAAGAAGGCUGUGGCCGUGAUUAAGUCUGUGGGAGAGUUGUCAGUGCCAGAGAAAUACAAAUCCAUUCAUCAGAUCAGACCCAGCUGUACAUUCCCUGUUUGCCACGACACCGAAGAGCGCUGUCGGCUUGUCCUCAGCUACGUGCUAGAGGGUUUAAAAUCUGUGGACAGUAGCAUCAAAAAAGAAAAUGACCUUCCUGCUGCUGACCCCAGCACGCCGAUCCCAUUAAAGUAUGAAGAUGAAUCGGCCGGCAGUGGUCCCCAGUGUCUGGAGAAGCAGAUGGCCUUGUUUCUGGACAAAAUGGGAUCCCUUCAGGACGGCCACUGCUCCAGUCAGUCCGGAAUGACCCCGGGUUCUUGGCAACAUGAAAUGAAGUUGCAGCUAAUCCUCAAGUCAUCGAAGGCUUACUAUGUGCUGUCAGAUGCCGCGAUGAGCCUCCGGAAGUACGGGCGGGCCCUACGCUACAUUAAACUGGCCUUGCAGAGCCACGAUACUUAUUGCUGCCUCUGCACCAAUAUGCUUUCUGAAGUCCUCCUGUUUCUUUCUCAGUAUUUGACUCUUUGUGGUGAUAUCCAGUUAAUGCUUGCCCAGAAUGCAAAUAACAGAGCUGCGUACCUGGAGGAGUUUAAUUAUCAGACUAAGGAAGACCAAGAGAUACUGCACAGUCUGCAUAGGGAGUCCAGCUGCCAAGGGUUUGCUUGGGCAACAGACCUGUCGACAGACUUGGAAUGCCAGCUCUCAGUGAGCUGCAAGUGCUAUGAGGCAGCGAAUGAAAUCUUGCUGUUCAGUGACUUAAAAAGCCAGAACCCUGAGCACCACAUCCAGGUGCUAAAGCGGAUGGGCAACAUCCGGAAUGAGAUUGGUGUCUUCUACAUGAACCAGGCCGCUGCCAUCCAGACAGAGAGACUAGUGAGCAAAAGUGUGUCAGCAGCAGAGCAACAGUUGUGGAAGAAAAGCUUCUCUUGUUUUGAAAAGGGGAUUCACAACUUCGAGUCUAUCGAUGAUGCCACCAAUGCUGCGCUCUUACUCUGCAACACGGGCAGACUCAUGCGUAUCUGUGCCCAGGCCCAUGGUGCCGCCGCCGCUGCAGCUGGUGGCGAGGACACGAGGCGAGAGUUCUCUCCAGAAGAGGCGCUGUACUACAACAAGGCCAUUGAUUACUACUUGAAGGCCCUGCGAUCACUGGGCACGAGGGAUGUGCACCCCGCAGUGUGGGACUCGGUGAACUGGGAGCUGUCCACCACGUACUUCACCAUGGCAACCCUCCAGCAGGACUACGCCCCGCUGUCCAGAAAGGCUCAGGAACAGGUCGAGAAGGAAGUUAGUGAAGCGAUGAUGAAAUCUCUCAAAUACUGUGAUAUUGAUACAGCGUCUGCCCGACAGCCACUCUGCCAGUACCGGGCUGCUACGAUCCAUCACCGGCUGGCAUCCAUGUACCACAGCUGCCUGAGGAACCAGGUUGGGGACGAACACCUGAGGAAGCAGCACCGGGUCUUGGCCGAUCUCCACUACAGCAAGGCCGUGAAGCUCUUCCAGCUGCUCAAGGAUGCCCCAUGUGAGCUGCUCAGAGUGCAGCUCGAGAGGGUGGCCUUCGCUGAAUUCCAGAUGGCAAGCCAGAAUAGCAGCGCGGGAAAAUUAAAGACCUUGUCUGGUGCCCUGGACAUCAUGAUGAAAACUGAGCGUGCAUUCCAGCUGAUCAGAAAGGAGCUCACCGAUGAGUGUGACCAGAGCAAGAGUGAUGAGAGCAGUCCGGGCCCCGACCCCUCAGCCACGAACCUUCACCGAGAAGAGGUCAUGAAGCUGCUCAGUAUCUUUGAGUCUCGCCUGGCCUUCCUCCUGCUGCAGUCCAUCAAGCUGCUGUCCUCAGCCAAAAAGAAAGCGAGUCACAGUGAGGACGAGGAGGGGCUGCUCAAGACCAACAAGCAGAUGUACUCCCACCUCCUGAGGGCCACUGCCAACCAGCACGCCACCCUCCUGGAGAGAAUCGAUGUGAUCCUUCACCUGAUGGGUCAGCUCUCAGCUGGCAAGGAGGCCAGCGAAGCCAUGCCACCACCCCCCUGACCGGCUGGACCGGCUGACAGCAGAGGUGAUCUGUGCCUUGUAACCAUGGGGGCUGGGACUGUCUGUCCAUCUGUCCAUCCGUCCAUCCGUCUGUGUGGUGCUUAGUUUAAUUUACAGUGAGAGACAAUGCAUCCUGACUGGGGGGGACAGAUGGGGGAGACCUUUGUCCUUGUCCCAGGACAGGUGGACUCUGAUCUGGUUGGAAGGGGCCGAGAUGGGGGCCUGGUCUGAUGCUCCCUCCAGGCCUGGAGAGACUCAUGGUAAUCAUAUGACUCCAAACACCUUCUAAAGCUCGGUGAGCUGGAGCUCGACCGUGGGAGGUGGAGGAGUGUUAACCUCGGGUCAGAGCAGCGUUGUCGGAGUCUUGGAUGUGAGCACUGGCUGCCCGCAGAACCCAGAGGGGUUCUCUUCUCCCACGCCGUUAGGACCGUGCACAAACAGGUGCCUUUUUUAGCUUCAAGACAGGAGUUUUCAAUCACAACGUGGCUGUUGGGCAGUUUUGCUUGAUUAUCUCAUGCUCCAAAAGUCUUAGUGCUACUCUGACUCAUAUGGCAGUUGAUCAAGAAAGAAGAUACUAUUGUCCCUCUUUUCUUUUUGAACUUGAAACUGUGAAUAAAAGGCAAGAAAGAUAUUUUAAAUAAAUAAAUUUAUUUAUUAAAAACA